AUGUCCCAAAUCUCUCGUACUAACCCACAAUAUAGAAGAAGAAAUGCGACGAAGUCCGCCCCAACUGUGCGCGAUGCCUCGAGCGACGACAGGAAUGUGUCUACGAACCUGUCAAGCCCCGACAACGGCGCAAGCGCGACAGUCUUUCGCUCGAUACCACCAAGGCAAAUGCUGCACGACCGGACCGGGCCCUGCAGAUCCACACACCCCUCUCUGCUGUCUCGAUCCAACAGUGGGAGAGCCAGCAGAGCUGGAGGGACGGGAUUGAUGGGCAAGGCGACGACAGUAGCAGUGACGGGAGCCGAAGGACCGGCGGCAUCGAGGCGACCGAGUCGGUCGUGCUGGACGACAGGUUAGGACAGGUGCCCCUGUCAGCGAGCACCGCCCGUAGCGAUUUGGAGACGUAUUUCACCUCAUGGACACCGGCAGAUACCACAGCUGUCUUCUCUCCCAUCACGACGACCACAUUUGACCUUGCGAGCCUCGACGGGUGUUCAGCCCCUCAUGACAACGACAGAGAUGUGGAGGAAGUCAUUCGCCGGGACUCGGCCGCAGUCGCAACCGCCCUCACCCUUACCCACAACCAUCACCAUCCUCAAGAACCAACACCGUUCCUCGAAUUCUGUUCGCCCUCCUUUGCUGAAUUCUCCGGUCGGAAGAACCGUCGCUUCCUUGUCGAUCACUUCUGCAACGUUCUCUCCCAUCUCAUCGUCUUUCGAGAAGAGAACGGCAACCCCUUCCAACAGCUUGUCCUUCCGCUUUGCCACCGAAGUCCGGCGGUCAUGGAUGCCGUCUAUGCGCUAGCUAGCGCUCAUCUCGAGUUUCGCGGUGUAGAUCCAGGCGAGAAAAGUGACAUUUUCCAUGGCAAGGCAAUUCAAGAGCUGGCCGGGCUCAUUGAGCGCGGAAGCAAACAAAAUCACGAGAAUCGGAAUGAGCUCCUGGCUGCAAUCAUGUUGAUCGUCUAUUAUGAAGUGGUAUGUUUGCCAAUGGCUGUCUUUGAGAGCUCUAGCUCUCCCCCAAGCCUUUAUGACAAUAAGCUAACGUUGGUUAUCUUUACAGUUGGUCCAGCGCGGGCGGUCAAAUAUUGUGGAUGGUCACCUGAAGGGCGCCAUGACCCUGAUCAACAAUUCCGAGGCGAGCAGCGACCCAACAAGUGUCUUUCUAGAACGAGUACGUAGCUACACAAAACCCCUUGCUUCCUGUCCUACUUUGCUGACUAUUUGGCCCAGGCCUUCGGUUUCUACGACGUCAUUGCUGCAUUGUCGUUCGGCACCGCACCGCUCUCCCCUGCCCCUGGCCGAGGACAGCUCUCUCCACUCCCAGCCCUCGACCCACGAGGUGCACCCUCAGCUUCCUCCAGCGUAGACACCCUCCUUGGCAUGGCUACGACCCUCUGGCCCAUCAUCCACCGCCUCUCCACCCUGGUAAGCCUCAAGGCCGAGCUCGAGACUGCCACCGCCCAGGGCCAAGUUUCCAAGGUUGCCGUCCUCCGCACCGAGCUUGAGACGACCACCGCCGCCAUCCAAGUCGCGCUUACCCAAUGGCAGCCCGUUCUCCCAGCCGAGGACGUCUCGUCAUCCUCAGAGCCAGAGACCCUUAAAGAACGCUCACGCCUGCGCAGCAUCGUCAACAAUGCGCACGCCUACCGCCACUCGGCGUUUGUGUACCUUUACCGCACGAUCCGCAAGUACCCGCGGUCGCAUGCGCUAGUGCAGCAGCAUACUCGCCUGAGCCUACAGCACUGCGUGGGAACGGUGAGCAAUGAGGGGCCCAUGAGUGCGCUGCUAUGGCCGCUAUUCGUCGCGGCCUGCGAGGCAACGGACGAGGGGGACAGGGACCUGGCGAGGCAGUCCUUUGUGGCCAUCGACAGGCGGCAGGGGAUGGCGAACAUUGACCGCGCGUGGACGGUUGUGCAGGAGGUGUGGAGGCGGGCGGACGAUGAGGAGAAGGAGGAGGAGGCCAUGAUGGCGGCGAUGAUGUUGAUGCGCGAUGUGGCGGGUGAUAUGGCCUCCAGGAAGCCGGGAGAAGUCCCAGAUGGGGCGAUGCUGAUGGCGGAGAGGAACGGCAUGAUGAUGAGAGGCGCUGGUGUUGACUUAUGGCGCAGAGUCAGUCGAGACAUGGGACUGACGAUUGUUUUUGGAUAA